AAUGCUCUCUACCGUCAGCACGAUUUGAGAACAACUAUUUCAGAGAACUGACUUUCAUGCACAUACCGUGUGUAGCGUCCACCACUCAAACAGAUAAUUGGAAUGAUGGCCUCGACUGUACUAUAUUAGACGGUGCAUUGGGUGUUCACAUACGGAACAGAUACAUUUCAAACAAUUUAAGUCUAUUUAGGCUGAGGUUCCCCUUAGUCAUCUGUAAUUUAUAGGUCAAAAGUUGACGGGAUGAGAGUGAUGGCUGUUCAGUCGUGAAAUGCUUUUCGAGGUACUAACACUGUCACUAUUCAGGUCAUCAGCUGGGUGCGGGAUACAUACACUGCAGUUGCCCUGAUAUACGCCCCUGAUGUGCUCCACUAAGCUGCUUGUGACCUGGAAAUAGAACAUCGGAUUACUUGCACUUGUUCCUGGUUUAGAAAAAUGGAAUUUGAUACCUUGAAAGGCAUGAUCUGGUGUGGCUACCUGUGUUUGAGCCUUGCGGUUCUUUCCCAUAUCUCUCAUGGCAAGGACGCAGAGACAAGCGCCUGUUACAGCGAUGUCAAUAGAUGUGGUCAACAUUACAUCUCCUGUCCAGAAGGUCAUACGGUGAUAGUGACCAAUGCCCGCUACGCUCAUCAGUCAAGAACAACUACCUGCAGCAGAGGCAAGCUGUCCGCCUGCAGUGACCGCUAUAUCAAUGCAUGCUGUAGGCCCACCGGACGCCAGUGUUAUAAUCCUUACUCAGGGAUUGAUGCAGACAGGCUUCUUCGUUCCUGUUUGGGGUCCCGCACUUGUGACCAUAUGACGCCACAAACGAACCAGAAUUGUGGCAAACUGAAACUGCCUGUGUCAACAUUCUCUGUAGUGUCUCAUCGUUGUGCAAAAGAUAAACUUAUCAUCGGUUAUGAUGUCGAGACAAUGAUGACCAACAACAUAAUGUACUUACUCUAUCGGACCCCUGCCACCAAAACAAAACUAGGAACAGCGAAGGUUUACGGAUGUGACGUCACUGGACCGGAAGGAGCCAAUGUCAAGGUCAGGGCGCUGGACGUUUCGAUGGUGUCCGUGAAUGGAGGACCUUGUUCAGGAUUGGAAAUAGAAAAAGAUGGCGAUGUGACUUUAUUUUCUUGUGAGAGGACAGACCUGAGAUUCUUGUCAACGCUGUAUGACGGUGCUGUACCUCUUGCUCUUAAUAUCGUCGACGUAGGAGGGACCCCACCCCAGGCUGCUUGGGUCCUGUUGGAAGGUGGAGGGAACAUUACCGUUGAUUGUGGCAAAAUACGAGAGACACGGAAAGUUCCGGUUUCUACGUCAACAACAACUGGAGCAUCUACCUUGACAUCGACGCAAACAACAUCAGCGUCCUCUACCACUCAGUCUACACAGUCAACGACGCCAACCUCGAUAUUGGGUGUCACGUCAGCAACAGUGGCCAGCACAACAACAAGCACGCCUUCUCCAGCAACGUCACAGACGUCUGAUCCGUUACCAGAAACGAAACCAGAGCAGGAUUCAACCUCCGAACCGAGGAGCACGAGCGACGAUACGUCACCAACAACCCAAUCCGUGACGUCAGAAGCUAAACCAAACCCAGUGCUGAAAACAGAUGGAGGUGCCACUGUGGUGAAAUCCUCUGAUUCUAACUCCGCUGCAACAUAUGGGGGCAUUGCCACUGGCAUCCUGCUGUUAAUCCUCCUCAUCAUCGUCAUCGCCGUCCUGUGCUACCGCAGGAGAAGAUACAGGCGUUACCGAAGUAGAAAGGUUGAGGAAGAACGCAACAUUCCCGAUGGAGAAGAACGUUCGUGGGACAAGAUGGACGGAGACAGAGGAAGAGACGACACGUCCAAAGGAGGACCAUCGCCAGGUCAAGGUCACAAGGGAAGCAACUCCAGCAAUAACAGCCCUCUGAAAACUCCAAGCAGCCGCAGUGGAGGCAGGCAGAUAGGAAGGAAAGAAAGGGCACUCCUUGCAGCCUCGGAGGGCGGCCCAAACACGUCACCGCCCAGAGUAAGCCAACCAAGGGACUCAGAUGGGUAUACAAAUGCUGGAAAGCCUUAUAGCAGUUCCGACAGUCCUUCGGGGGAUUUUUACGACAACCCAGGGUUUAAGACAACAGUUGAAAGCGUAAAGAUAUUUUGAUAGUAAACAAAAUUUGGACAAAUGGUUGUGUAAGGUAGGAAUAUGUCUGGUUAGUGCAUGGAAGGAAUAUUUGUAAUAUUUUAGUGUCUUCAUGUGUAAGAUGACAAUGCCUAAACUCAAAUACGUUUAUCUGAUAUUAGUGAACGCUACAGCGUUGCAAUGAUUUGAGGACAUCCCAUUAGUUCGGCCAGACCGACCUUUCAGAGCGUCGCUUGCAAGAUCCCGAAGGUGAUGGCAUCUGUUGUUCAAUCAUGCAGUUUCGAAAAGGUUAACAGGGGCAUUCCGAACGAAUCGAAUGUUUCCCACAUUUGAAACCAACGAGACGAGAAAUACUAUCAGAAUUUCCAGCUUCCUAUGAGUCAUUUCAGAAUAUUUUUGUGACGUUUUCGAAUUUUGAGUCGAGAACUUUGAUCAAAUAUUUCUCAAAACUUUGUCUGAAAAAGAAGUCGUCAUUUUGAAACUAGUGCCGAAAAAUCGCCCUGCUUUCUGAGAGGCUAAUUUUAUUGAACGGUCCACGAUUGGCCUGACGCUACCUGUAAUUGUUUCUUUUUAGAACAGGAUAUAACAGGAUAUGUACUCAUGUCAUCAUUACACAGGCUGUAGUCUUUGUUAAUUUUGAAUGGUUCGUUUUUUAUCAAGUGCGUGUGCAUUAAGACAAGUCAAAAUAUGACAUUUACGUGUAAUUAAUGAGGUUUUAGUUUCGUUACUUUACCACAAUUGGGUUUCUCUUUAGUAUAAGCUUACAUUCUUGUUUGUGAUUUUCCAACAGCCCAAAUAUACGGCGAACAGAGACGUGAGUCAUCAACUCGCUUAUAUUUUUUUGACGAAAAAUUCGGUCAUCACUGUAUUGUUGAAAUAUUCCUGAUAAGUGUUAUUUGAUCAUACACACAACACGUGCAAGAUGGAAAUGACGGAAAGGAUAAUUUAUUGUCAGUUACAUAUAGGUAUCAAGGGAUUUUCCAACUGUAUGUCACAAUUUUCCACUGAAGGGCUAGUUGAGUAGCUGAGUAGAUAUCAAAGCGAUCGUUUGUCAAGCUGUAGGCCCGGGUUCCACUCCCAACACAGGUACAAUGUAGACAAUUUGUGUCGUACCCACUAUAUUGGCACAUUGAGGAAACUCUCAUUCUCUCACUCACUCGAAACCGUUUAAAUGUCAUUUCAAGUUGGAUAUUAGGGAACAAAUCUGGCGCGUUAAUUGUGAGAAAUGCGCAGAUGGAAGUUCUUGUUGGUAUCAUCUACGGCAUGGCAUAGUUAAUGGGGAAUUAUAGACUUUAUCAACAGAAAUAUGUGGCCAAUUGCGAAUAUAGGAAUGUCUGAGCUUGACUCCCACAGGUGUCCAAGAAGUUUGAUGCCAGCACUAAGCAACAGUCAAGACGACACUGUCUUAUUUCCUACGAAUAUGGCCUGAAUACAUUAUUCGUGUCGUUAAAAUAUACUGAAAUGGGGUAACAGUGCUACAUGCUUUAUUCAUGUUACUGAAGUAUUUUCUCAUGGUAAAACCGAAAACUCGAACACAAUGUCGGAAACACGGGGACGGAAUUUUUCACUUUUUCAUCCUCAGUAUAUAUCUAUGAAAAUAGGAAUUGAAUUUUAUAACAAAAAGGACAGGAACUUGCUACAGCGUGGUGAGCUUCUGGCCAAAUCAGUUCCCAGAAUUUUAUUGUGACGUGUUAUUUUUUAACAGUGGCAGGACACAAUGUGAGCUGACAAUAAGUUGGUUUGACGAUUGUGGUCAAUAUUCAGUUCACAAUGCAAAUAAGAUAUGCAUAAGCCAUACCUUAUCAUAUGUACACAGCGCAAAUAUAUAUACGUAUAUUUCAUCCAGUAUCAUUAGCGAGUCCGUCAAAUUGCCUUGAACAAUAUGUACUGUAUAUAAUAUAUCUCUAUAGAUUCACAGCAUAUGACAUUCAUCAAAGGAAAUGCAUUACUAAAUGUUUCAAACUUGUACAUAUAUAUGCAAAAGAAAUGCAAUAUUUUUAUAAUACACAUUUAUCGUGUAGACAGCGAAUUGUUUAAUAAAUUUGUGUUUAUACAU